UAGAAGCAACUCAACACAGUUUAGUUUCUAUCCAACCGAUAAAGCAUUAUCACAACAAAAAACACAGUCGUUAAGUUAAGUUACUUAAAUCAUGGAGAAUUCCGACACAAACAAUGAUCAAGUGAGAGGUGAAGUGAAAAUUUUUGAUAUCGGCGAUCUGAAGCUACAGUCUGGCAUGACACUGAAAUCUGCUAGGAUUGUAGCGAAGAUAUUUGGAUCACCUAACAAUCCAUGUAUCGUUUUUCCUACUUGGUACUCUGGUACACACGAAGACAAUGAGUGGCUUAUUGGCGGCGACAAAACACUGAAUCCAAGCAAAUAUUUCAUUGUCAUUUUUAAUAUGUUCGGAAACGGCCUAUCCUCAAGUCCAUCCAAUCAGCCGGAACCGUACAAUGGACCACGAUUUCCUAAUGUUACGCUUUAUGACAAUAUCAAAGCUCAACACAAAGUGUUGACGGAAUAUUUAAAUAUAAAAGAGGUGGAAUGUGUGUUGGGUUGGUCUAUGGGUGCGCAACAAUCAUUUCAAUGGGCAGCUCAGUUUCCCGAUCUGGUUAAGUCUAUAGUACCGUUCUGUGGCAGUGCCAAAACAUCGCUUCACAAUGUAGUAUUUUUAGAAGGACCAAAAAGUGCACUAAUGGCUGACUCAGCAUUUACCGACGGAUGGUACAAGUACCCACCGACUAAGGGUUUGCGUGCAUUUGCCAGAGUAUAUGCUGGAUGGGGAUUUUCGCAAGCUUUCUAUAGGGAAAAGAUUUAUGAAACAGACCUAGGCUUCGGAAGUUUGGAAGACUUUUUGGUCGGUUUCUGGGAGGGUUAUUUUCUGAAAAAAGAUGCAAACAAUUUACUAUGUCAAUUGUGGACCUGGCAACAUGGUGACAUUUCGGCUAAUGAACUUUACAAUUACAAUUUUGAAAAAGCAUUAAAUGCCAUCACUGCACGAGCCAUUGUAAUGCCGGGAUCGCAUGACCUGUAUUUCCCACCAGAAGAUAGUCAAGUGGAAGUGAAAUUAAUGCCAAAUGCAAAGUUUGUAGCAAUACCGUCCAUAUGGGGUCAUUGGGCCGGCGGACCAGGAACAAAUCCAACAGAUGUGCAGUUUAUUGACAAUGUUUUGAAAGACUUCCUUUUGAGGCAUUAGCAGUUUCAUCUGUAAUUGGGCUCCUCGCAAAUAUAUAAUUCAAGCAACAUUUAACGUAA